UUUUUAAUAUAAAAGGAGAUAAAAGAGUUAACAAGAAAGUGUUGAAAGGAAUAUAUUUAAAAAAUAAAAAAAAAUUAUAAAUCCAUUAAAAUUAUCACAUGAAUGUUCUUUUAUAAAUACUAAUUAUGGCAGGUCCUGUAAAUAUAUCAGACAAUUUAAUUAAGUGGGAUUUAGCAAAUGAUUCACUGGCUCCACUUACAGUAAACCAAAAGUUUAAGCUAUCGUCAUUGGAAGAUGAAAUUACUACCUUAGAUUCUGUUAAUUUAAAUAAAAUAUCUUCAAAAUCGGAAUCUGUACAGUUUUACAAUAACUCAACUAUACACUCUGAUAAUGCUCAAAAUACUUUUGAUCGAAUUGAUAGUUAUCAGGAACUCUUACUGUGUUAUUCUAAAUUGGAGCAAAAACAUAUGACAAUAGAAGAUAUCAAGUAUGCGUCAUAUGUAGAAAAAUUGAAGUCAAAGCGGAUGGAAUGUCACGACUUGUAUGUACAAAUUAAAAGUGUAUUAAAUGAUUUUUCUUCAUUAGCAGAGCAAUACAUACUUGUCUCUGAGAAAACUACCUCUUUGCAUGAGGCUAGUGAGCAGUUAAUAUCAGACCAAGAAAAAUUAAUUACAUUUGUUGAAAAAAUAGCAGAACAUGUCAAGUAUUUUAAAGAAGUAGACUAUAUAAUGGAUAAAUUAGAUGCCCCAACAUUAUCUGUUAAUAGUGAAAUUUUUUUCGAUUUAUUAGACAAAAUUGAUGCAAACAUGGAAUUUAUGUAUAACAAUUCAAACUUCAAAGAAAGUCAUACUUAUUUAGUUAAAUAUCGUCAUUGUCAAUCAAAAGCUAUAACUCUCAUUCAAAAUUAUAUCUUUAAAUUAUUUACCAAAGCAACAGAAAGUAUAUUAAAUCCAAAAGAUAAUGAAAGUAUCCAAAAGAAUCCUGAUGCAGCCUUGGCUCUUUUUUAUGGUAGAUUUCAAUCUAUUUUGCCAAAAGCUAAACAAGUAAUUGAGCAGCUUGAAGAAAAGUCUAAUAAACGUCAAGAAUUCGAAAGCUUACUUCUGGAGUGUCAACAAUAUUUUUUAAGUCAGAGAGGUAUCGUACUGGGUCCCAGUAUACAAAAAAGUUUACAAUCUAUAAAAACAAAAUACAAUGGUGAUCAUUGUAGUCUCGUUCGACAUUCAUGCUCUCUCCUUCUACAUGCCUCCAUUGAUGAAUAUCGAUUGUUUUACCAAUUUUUCAAUAAAUCUUCAGCGACACUGAUAUCUUUCUCAGAGAGUCUGUGUACCUGUUUGUAUGAUACUCUCAGACCUUUUAUCAUUCAUAUAAAUCAUUUAGAAACCUUGGCAGAAAUAUGUUGCAUCUUAAGGAUAGAAAUGCUUGAUGAACAUGUGCAGAAUAAUACAGAGCCCCUUCAGGGUUUUGGUAAUGUAUGCUUACAGUUAUUGCAUGAUGUUCAAGAGAGAUUAGUUUUCAGAGCCCAUUUAUAUCUGCAGUCCGAUGUGGCUGGAUACAAUCCUUCAUCGGGUGAUAUUGCUUAUCCUGAAAAACUUAAAAUGAUGGAAGAUAUAGCUGAAUCAAUUCGGGAGGAAAACAGACAGAUUAGGAUGAAAAAGAUAUCGUUGUCGUCGAUGGAGAGUAGUGGGAGUAGUAAUAUCAUUGAGCCCAUUUCUCGAACUCACAUUAUGGGAAUCGAUCCAAUGUAUCAGCGAAAUUCUCACAUGGGCAAUUCUCCAGCGGAUCUCCACGGCAUGUGGUAUCCGACUGUUCGUCGAACUCUCGUGUGCCUUUCGAGACUUUAUAGAUGUGUAGACCGUCCAGUUUUCCAAUCACUUAGUCAAGAAGCAAUAACCUUUUGUGUACAAAGCAUCGAUAUUGCCAGAGAACGAAUACAAGCGAGAUCAACGCCAUUGGAUGCCGAACUUUUCCAGGUGAAACAUCUGUUGAUCCUUCGGGAGCAAAUUGCACCCUUCCAAGUGGAUUUUACGGUGAAGGAGUAUAGUCUGGAUUUUUCCAAAGUAAAAACAGCCGCGUUUAGUCUUCUAGAGAAACGCUCGCGUCUAUUCACAUUAUCGAAUAAUGCUCUGUUAGAGUUCCUAUUGGAAGGUGCACCCCAGAUGAAAGAGCAACUAAUUGACUCACGUAAGCACGUUGACGCUAAACUCAAAUUCUCUUGCCAGAGAUUCAUACAGCACGUUACACAUCAGCUUAUUGAGCCGGUAUUGUUGCUGUUGGAGAAAACGAAAAUACCACAUCAGGUGUCGACGCCAAAAUCACUGGGUACCGCAGAAGUUGUAGCUAAUGUUGUGAACGACUCGGUGCGGCUAAUAAAGUUUAAGCUACCGAUCAUCCAGCAGUCAAUGCAGCUGUACCUAGCGAAUCGUGAAACUGAGAGCAUCUUGUUUCGGCCGAUCAAAAAUAGUAUCGUUGCAUCUUUUACCCAGCUGUCGCAGUUGCUCAGUCAGCUAUACACCGGGGAUGAGCUUAUGUUAAUCGCGUGUCCACUACCCGAACAAAUCUCACUCAUGCUUAGCUCGACGACGUUAGCUCGACCAACGUCCAAUGAUCAUCAGGAGUUGGAAGUUGCGAAGAAAAGUGAACAAGAAAAGCAGGAGGAUAAUACCGAUAUAAAACAUAUGACUAGUAGCCAAAAGAUAGCAAAGACAAUGGAUACUAUACAGACUUAAUUUGAUUCUCUUGGUUGAAAGAGUUCUAUAGCUAUUUUGCUCUCGUUCGAAGCGAUUUUCUAAUGAUUAUUUUUUAUACAAUGCAUAACGUAUAAAUGACUUUUUCUGAAGAUAAAAAACUUUUA